CACCUCAUCUCAUCCGCCUGUGUCUCCCAGUUUGACCUGGGCAUCCCUGCCAUGACGACGUGCUGCGACCAGCUGGACGUGUGCUACGACACCUGCGGCUCCAACAAGGACCGCUGCGACUCCAAGUUCCGCUGGUGCCUGCACGGCAUCUGCUCCGAGCUCAAGAAGAGUCUGGGCUUCGUGUCAAAGGUCGAAGUGUGUGAGUCUAUGGCGGACGCCAUGUACAACACGGUGUGGACGCUAGGCUGCAGACCCUACAUGAGCAGCCAGAGGGCGGCGUGCUUCUGUGAAGGCGAGGAGAGGGACGAGCUGUGAGGGAGAGCGGGCACACACACACACACACACACACACACCACGCCGACGAGGCUCUGGGGGGCGCAGUGGGCUUUUCCCAGAAAUACACUACAUCAGAGGAAUGCACCAUCCAGCGCUGAUCAGCAGUAACACAACACAGACACACACACACACACACACACACACACACACACACACACACACACACACACACACACACUUACAGAGAGAGAGAGUAAGAGGGAGAGGGGGAGGAAACAGCCACUGCCCAACAGAGUGACUCAGCAGAACUCUGAAGUAGGGAUACUCUGUCUCCCCCCCCACACACACACACACACACACAUAC